GGCCGAAACAGUGACUGUGGGUGUUGUAAGGCUCGCUUCACUGGACCAUCGCGGGGAGAUCUACAUCUUCCAUAUACCUCUUCACUCUGUACAACAGCCCUCUCCACCUUCAACAGUGGAUUACUCAAGCAGCAGUGGCCACUGCCUACAACCCAUAGCUGCCCGAUUGAGAGAGAUAUCUUACGACAUCCAAACACAAUGGCUGGCAACAAGCGUAUCAUGAAGGAAUUCGCCGACAUCCAGGCCAACUCCCCCCCCGGCUGCACCAUCACCCUCCCCAAAGAAGACGACCUACUAAACUGGGAAGUGACCAUGGACGGCCCAUCAGACUCCGUCUACGCCGGCGGCCGCUUCAAGCUCGCCGUCGCGCUCCCCAAAGAGUACCCCUUCAAGCCUCCCAACGUCUCCUUCAAAACCAAAAUCUACCACCCCAACGUCUCCAACGACGAGCGCGGGUCCAUGUGCUUGGGCAUGCUGCGGGCGGACGAGUGGAAGCCGCCGAACAAGAUCGUCGAGGUGCUGAAGCUGGUGAGGGCGGUGCUGGCGGCGCCGCAACCCGAGGAUGCGGUGGAGCCGGGGAUCGCGAAUGAGUAUAAGAAUGAGCGGAGGGCGUUUGACAAGAAUGCGAAGGAGUGGGUGAGCAAGUAUGCUAAGUGAGGAGACUCCUCCCAUUGUCGGUGGACAGGGCUCAGCUGAGAGCUGGAUUGGGGGAGCAAGUGUGCAUGUGCAUGGAAGGGAAGGGCACGCCUUGGCCAGGCUGACAUUUGUGGCUCGGCGUUCAGAGGAUGCUUUUAUGGAUCAUCAGACUGAGCGUGCUGCAUGAGCGUCGGGCGUCUGGGGUGGGCAUAUACAAGCAGUGUAGCCAUGUCUCCUGCGGUGGCAACAACCAUACGCCUUGUAGAUAUUUCACUUGUUCUUGCAUGACC